AUGCUGGUCAAAAUUUGUUUACUAGCCGUCCUUCUCGAACUCAUCGCCGCCGACUGCGAUGCUCUUACCCAAGCAGCUAUUGUCCAAUGUUACACGCCCUAUCUACAAUACUACGGACUAGCUCCGAGCAACGGAAUUCUGCCCGGUUACCUCGGAGUCGCUGGCGCCAUCGAAACUAAACUCGACCAACUAGGACAGAAGGCCGCCCAGGAUUUAUGCGAUCAUACCACCGUCCUCGGCUCGUGCUUGAACGCGACGAUGCCCAACUCCUUUGAUGUGGAUUGCUACAACCAUAUUGUCAUCGGAAAUAACAGGUCCGAGUCGUCGCUUUAUAUCGAGGAGCAAGCGAUCCAUGACUAUGAAUGUGGAGCCGGGCUUCAGGUUUACCUUGCCGAAUUUUACUGUGUACGCGCAGCCCGAAACAACAAUCAGCCUGCCAUCCAGCAAUGUGACACCAAUCUCAACGACGAUCUGGCGAAUGGCAUCGAGUUCUGCAAAGCUUACGACAAGUACAUCUCGUGCAAUUCGGCCAUCUACUCCAAGGCGUGCGACUACAAUGCGGGUGUGCUGAUGUGCAACAUUUUCCAGCAUGGAAUGGACAGCGUCGUCGGCUACUGCGACCAGGGCGACAAGCUGACAGCUUGCGGGAAUUAUCGAUUGAAUCCAAAAAUCUUUGUCGGAAUUGGGAAGCCA